CAGAGCUAAGGAAGAGCAGUCUUGUGGUAAAGAGUGUUAACUGAAAACAUGUUGGCUACAGCUGUCCCGGCCUCUCCUGAAUUUCUCUGUGAAAGCCCUGAAUUUCAAGGACCCAGGAAAUGGUAUCAGGCCUGUGCAAAAAUUUUGUUUACCUCUCUUGUCCCCAUGUGCCAGCCGCUCUUAUGCAAGUGAAGUCGAUCAGAUUGGUAGCAGAGCUGUGCUUAUAACAGGUUGUGAUUCAGGAUUUGGAUUUGCCUUGGCAAAGCACCUGCAUACCAAGGGCUUCAUUAUUUAUGCUGGCUGCCUGCAAAAGGACAAGGGAGGUGGUGGCUCCAAGGAGCUGGACAGCAUGAACAGUGAUAGAAUGAGAACUGUCCAGCUCAACGUCUGUGACAGCAAAGAAGUGGACCGAGCAGUGGAGCACGUGAAUAGCAGCUUGGAGGACCCGGAGAAAGGGCUGUGGGGGCUGGUUAACAAUGCUGGGAUCUCCACAUUCGGGGAAGUAGAGUUCACAAGCAUGGACACCUACAUGGAAGUAGCUGAAGUGAACCUGUGGGGCACUGUACGAACCACCAAGGCUUUCCUCCCACUCAUCCGGAGGUCAAAAGGUCGAGUGGUGAACAUCAGUAGCAUGAUGGGCCGGAUGGGCAGCCCUGCCCGCUCACCGUACUGCAUCACCAAGUUUGGGGUGGAAGCCUUCUCCGACUGCCUGCGCUAUGAAAUGGCGCCCCAGGGGGUGAUGGUCAGCAUCGUGGAGCCCGGCAACUUCAUAGCUGCCACCAACCUCUACAGCCCCGAGCGCAUCAAAGCCAUAGCUGACAAAAUGUGGGACGAGCUCCCCGAGAUAGUGCGCAAGGACUACGGCAGGAAGUACUUCGAUGAGCAGGUCAGCAAGAUGGAGACGUACUGCAACAGCGGCUCCACAGACACCUCCCCCGUCAUUGACAGCGUGGCCCAUGCCCUCACCUCCACCGCCCCCUACACCCGGUACCAUCCCAUGGAUUACUACUGGUGGCUCCGCAUGCAGAUCAUGACACACAUGCCUGCUGCCAUCUCAGACCGGCUCUAUGUCUACUGAGGCCUCACGCUCCUGAGCUACACAGGUGGGAAAUUUUUUUUAAAGAGAACGUUGUACACACUUCCCAUUAGUUGUUUUUCUAACCUCAUUUCAGAGUACUGUAUUUUAGCUCUAAAGGGUUCACUCAAACAUCUGACACAACCUGAAGGGCAGUUGUUUGCAAGGGAUGCUUCAUAGGCAGGAAUACGUUGUUUCUGUGGGGACAUUGAUUUUUUGCUAUUUCUUUCAUGUAACCUUUUUAUUUUUUACCUCAAAUGUCAAGAUAAAGUAAUUAUUUAAACUGCAAUUGCUCUGAAGUGUUUUCAGAAUGAUUUCUGCUGACAGCUGAAUGAACACAAUCUUCACAAUUCCUGCCUAGGAUGCAGCCUUUACGCCAUAAAACAGAAGCCCUCCAUGCUGUUACAGCAAACCACAGCCUCCUGAUGACAAAGAGCAUCCAACAGACUUUUCCAGGCCUGGUCACAGUAUUCCAAGUCAGAGCAGAGGCUUCUUUAAUUUAGGGAUCAGAACUCAAAAUGCUUGGGGUGCAGAAACUGAACAACUGACUCUGUCCCUAUCUCUCUUGGAAUUACACCAUUGAAAUUCGAAACCCUAGGGAAAAGGGAACCAGUCUGCUUUUCCAGCAUGCUUUCUUGCAAAGGAGUUCGACAAUCCAGGGACUCAAUCCUUCAGACCUUUCCCACAGGAGUUUUUUUUUUUGAGCAUUCCUGUGAGUGUGAGCAGCUUUACACACAGGACUGCAGGCGUCAGCAUUGUCCCAUAGUAACAUUUCUCUUCAACAGUAAUUCAACAUCAGCUCCAGAUUUUGAGAAGAGCUUCACUCCAGCUUCCAUAAUUUUUAAGGAUGACCACUGAGCAGAGGGAACAGAGAGAGUUGUAGCCAUUCUUACCAGGGACCUCAGGGCUACACUGAAAUAUUCAUACAGCAUCUUACACACAAAGGCCUUAACCAUGACUAGGGCCUCUAAGAACUAUGGCAGUGCAGGUGAUGAUAACAAUAACAACUUCCACUGAAGGAGUCACUGAGCUGAAAUACUCUUAUAUGGCACAAAUCUGACAGAAUGUUCAUAACAAUAGUUAACUUUAGGAGCAGUUUCAUUUCCAUGAAGGUUGUUUACAUGUCUGAAAACAUUUGUUUUGUACUGUAAGGAAAAAAAAUAAAGAACCAUAAAAGAUGCUUUCAUGAGAAAAUGGGGAAGGAGUUAAUUUUUUUUUAAGCUUGAAAGGCAAAAACCAAACAACUAAUUAAAACACCAUUGUUAGCAAAGUUAAAGAGAAGGGCUUUUAUGUGCUCUAAUAAUGUACUGGGACACGAGCAAACUUCUUUGGCUUAAUAAAUGUAUACGUGAAUGAUAAC